AUGGAAGAGCACCACAUCGUCAAAGCCGAUGAGGUCGACCAAACUGGGACUGAUAUCUCGCCCGUCUCAGAUGACCAGCUCAUGGAGGAAGUGGCUGAGGGGCUUCGCCAGGAACAGGCGUCUCAGGCCGCACCCACCGCAGAGAUGACACCGUCUGAACCUGAAAAAACCACCAAACGGCCAGAACUCCGCCGUGAGAGUUGUGCUCCUCCGCCGCCUUUGCAGCCACCACCUCCGGCUCCGGUUCAGGAGAACCCAGGCCAGCCCACGGACUCAUUGAGUCUAUCCCAGCUGCGCAGACUCGUGCAUGAUAUGCCCAAGAUUGAGCAGCCAGCUUAUGCAUUUGAAUAUGCCGAUGCCCAGCCUUUUCCCGAUGAACUGGAAGAGUGGUUCCAGUAUAAUGACUUCGAUCGUGUCAUGCUCAUGGGCACCAAGGCCACCUUCAACCAGAAAUGGAAUGUCUUUUGUCAGCAAAGCAAGAUAGCCACGCUGACAUCUUGGCUUGACGUAUCACAAGAUGUUCGCCGCACAUUUGUAUCUCAGAUACUCGGCGGCCUGCAGCAUGACGAUGUCUCAGUACGGCUGGAAGCACUUGAAACCAUCUGCUACCUGCUGACUGGAAUUUGGGGCGUCACUGGUGGAAAGGUGGCUCCGGGUUACCCAUCACCGGAGAGAUCUCACACGUCGACUGAAGCUCCUCCAUGGAAAUCUUUGCAGAUCGAUUGGAUCGAAGACAAUGUCACCCUCCUCCAGCAAUGCUCUGGAGUAACAGCUCUGAUUGAAUACAUGUGUCGACUCUUCGACAAAACUCGCUCCAACCUAGGGACGGACGUCAAUGGCAUGGAGCACGAGCGACUCAAUCCCGGUGACAUCACUGCCCCGGAGCGUGAAGCAAAUCUGCUCCUCACAAGUUUGUACUUUGUCGUGGAAGUGGGCCGCCGGCAAGAGGCAUGUUGCAUUGGGUGCAGUCCCAUUCGCGAUACAUUGAUUGACUCAAACCCGAAUCUGCUGGUCUCUAUUGUUGAAAUCAUCGCCCGACUACGUUGGGAUGAAUCUGCCAAUAUCCCGCUUACCAGAAUUCUUCUUUUGCUCUGGAAAUCGCUCCUUCUUGUUUUCGGAGGGGUUGAUGACCUAAAGCGAGCCAAAGACGUUCUGGAGCCUUUCCAUUCAGCCGAUAGAGAUGAUACCAAGCGCCGGACUCCAUUCCUCCAUGCCUCUCCCUUGGACUACCACGUCUUCCGCCAAGAAAUCACAUCGAAAUACCCGGCUUACAACCCUCCCCCACUCGUGGUUCCUUUGGAAUUGGAAAACAACUCUAUUCUCCCUCCUCUUCCACACAACGCGAUCAAGAUGAACUCAUCGAAUGGCAUAUUCUGUGGCGUUGGUCCGUCAGUUGCUGGCGGCAAUGGCUCUAUUCUCCAGCAGUCUGUCCACAUCGCAACCCCGGCACCAUCCCCACCACCAUCGCCGGUCGGCCCAGGAGGCAAGGCCGGAAAGAAACAGAAUUACCAAACCAACCAAAACUUCCCCUUUAUGUACCCUCCGUUGGAUGAUUCUAGUAACAGUAUCGGCGGGAAAGGUACCACGGAACGUCAGGAUACGUUGGUUGGCAAGCGUUGGGAAGGCAGUGAUGUUCCUGCAUCGAUCAUUGAAGCUGGAAGGCUCUUCUCCACGCACGUGAAGAUGACCCGUGCUAUCAGACAGCUCUGGCAGGAACGCGAAAAUUUCAUGAUAUACGAUCGUGGUUGGAACGCUGAGGAUGCUGCCCACUUCCCUGACGCCGAUCUAUCGGAUGAUUUUGAACAUUUGGAUCUCUCAGAGGGCGAAGAGAGGCCUGAUACCAAAUCCGAGCUGAAGGAGACAGAUGAUCCUGAUAUUCAGCGGCGCCUGGAUGCUGUUGAGGAUUUCUACCGCCAAACCUUGUCCCAUCUUCAAUCUAUCACGAUAGUUUUCUUGAAGAUAAUUUUGACGAAUGUCAGUUCGGUGGUCAGCCAAGCCGGCAGCUACAACAGCCAGAACAUGAGUAAUGGAAUGCACGGCUCACAUGAUCUCUUCUCUGACGCGUCUAUCGAUGAACUUGAUAAUAUCAGACUUCGCGAGAUCACCGGAAAGGCAGUCUCUGGAAUUUUGGUGCUUCUUUUGAAGUGGUUCAAGAGGUCUCAUAUUUUGAAAUUCGAAUAUAUGACCCAGCUUCUACUCGACUCCAACUAUCUCCCUCUGAUCCUCAAGAUGUUCGCCCACCAAGACGUCGAUCAGGCCGUUGCACAAAAGAAUGAUCGCGAAGACUUGUCGUUCUUCCACUUCUGCGCCAGUAACACAGACGCUCUGGAUAGCGAUGAUAACUCAGGCGGAGACACCGAGAGCGAAGACGAGGCCAUGCCACCUCCGAUCUCUCGGCAUCGCCCCAACCUGAUGCGCGGGCUGUCCGAGGAAGACUCAGUCGCCGAUAUGUUCAAUGGCCACACACGCCCUGAGGUCGACGAACUAGGCUACCCAACAGCACCUCCCCCCAAAGAGCCAAUCACGAUCUUCUCCUUUCGCAAUUUCUUCUCCUCGAUCAACUACCUGCACGUGAUGCAAAAGAUCACCCGCAAUAAGGCGCACCGCUGUCUCCUGCUUGUGCAGUAUAAGUCCAGCAACAUCCUCCGCAAGGGCCUCAAGAUCCCAGACCCGCAUCUCCGCAACUACACCCUCAAGCUGUUUAAAUCACAGGUCCCAUACUGCGGCCGGAAAUGGAGACAGGGUAACAUGCGCGUCAUCACCGCUAUCUAUCUCUACUGCCGCCCCGAGCUCCGCGACGACUGGCUCGCCGGUUCAGACGUCGAUGCCGAGGUCGAAGAGGCAUUACCCCUGGAACAAGCUUUGCGCGGUCUAACCCACUGGUGGCAUCUGCGCCAGUACAAGGAUGUCAUGGGUGGCAAUGAAGGUACAUCGAUGAUGGAAGAAGAGCGCGAUUUCUUCGUCCGAGAGCUUGAGUCUAUGGGUUGGGGAUUUGCUGAUGACAUGCUUGGUGGUUCUGGGGAUGAUCAGGAUAUGGCGGGUCAGUUGGUCAAUGGGACUGAGUGGGAAGGUGUGCCUCUGCCCAUGGAAGGAUGGCCGUAG